AUGGCGUCCUUUGUGCCUCAAAACAGGUACCGCGAGUACAAACAGGAUACGCAGCGGCUCUUGUUCUGGAUAAUCCAUGCUUCCAACACAAUCCUCCAGUCGUCAGCAGCCGCAGAAUCAGGCACCAUCGAGCCUCAGAACCACCAAAAUGUGACGGGCCAGGUUACCGUGAAAGAGCUUUUAUCCAUGGCCAAGACGAUUUCCAAGCAUGCCGUUCGCGUCCCAGGUGCCAUCUAUCGCAAGCUGCAGUCGGUAACAAGCGCAAGGACGGCCAUGUACCAGGCCUUUCAGCAGCUCGCUGCCUUGAGCCCGAAGCCCGACCCAGAGAUGGAACAGAGCAAUGUGACUCACAAAUAUUUCAUUGAUGCCCUAAACGAGAUAUUUAACAUCUUUGGCGGGCCUGCUUGGCUGCAGGAGCAACAGCGUGGUAGCAAAGAAGCCGAACUCGACGACGAGCUUGACGCUGAGGUCGAAAAGGCCAACUUCUCCAACAAAUUUGCCGCACUAAGUCUUGGACUCUCUGCGCAGGGCGAGCCUGGCACAGCUGCAGUAGAGUCUAGCGGCGAUGAGGAGUCUGACGAGGAACCGAAGUCGGCUGCUCCUGGACAGCAACGCCGUCAAGCUCGGCCGGGUAGAGGCAAGAAGAAGAAGGGUGGAAAGCGAGCCAAGAAGGGCAAACAGACGGCUAAGCCCGUACCUCAGACGUUGGAUCAGGUCCCACUUGAAAGCUACCGUAUCAUCGAAGCCGCGGACGGCCUUGUUACUGACUACCUCCUGGCGGUUUAUUCUCUCUUCGAGGAGACUCUCGACCUACGGUCGUACAUGAGCGGCGUGUGGCGAGAGGUUGCGUACGAGGGCCUCAACAGCGCCGUGGCCGGUACGCUUGCCCAUCUAGCCACGGCCAUGGUUAAGCGAACCGAGGCGGCCAUCAUGAUAGAAUUUCCGGGCCACGAGUCGUACGAGACUGUCAUGCAAACCAUGACGCGUGGCAACAUAGAGAAGGCGCAGGGCAACUUCACAAUGUCACUCCACAGAAUCUCUGGCGCGGAUGGGACAACAGAGAUGGUGGAAGAGGUCAAAAUGGAUGUUAAGGAACAGUUCCUUAUCUACGCAUAUCAGGAUCUUGUAGAUUUCGUGACCGACUUCCAGGCUACUCGCAGCGGUAAGCCGACCAAGCGUAUGCUCGCGGAGAUCGACAAGUGGAAUCCAACCUUGGACUUACAGCGCGCAACCAAGGAGCAGAGACACCGCUGGCGUCGAUCUUAUACCAUCAACUGGCUCUACGACCUAGUCAAUGUCUAUUCCAGCAUUGUAGUUCAACGCAAUACCAUGAAAGGGGAGCACCAUGUGUACGAAAAGGUCGACUGGGCCGCCGACGGCAAGUGGAGCGAGCACGUACGCCUCUUUGGCAUUAAUGAGUUUGCCGGCAUUGUAACCUCUUUUGCUAUGCAAAAGCCUGGCACAGAUAUCAAAAAGCGCAUUAACCCAAGCUUGGUAUUCCAACUGCAGUGUAUAGUCGAUUCUUUAACAGUCUCACGGGGCUGGUCCCUCAACAGCUUUAGGGGACAUGUUUUGGAGCCACCGAUGGGCGGGUUCCGGCCGAGGCGAGACGUCGACCUGUUCCUGGAUCGUGAAAACGAGAGAUUCGGCAAGGGCUUCUUAGAGGGUUCCCACGUGCUGAAACAGCUUCUGGAGCGCGACAGCAUGCUACACGGCAACCCCAACCGACACCAGUCACAGAUCAGCGUACUCGAAUGUCUGAUGUGGGAUUUCCGGGACUGGCUAGGCGAGUCCAAGCACAUGUAUGGACUGAAAACUCUGCCACCCUCUCGCUUUUCCAACAGUAACUCCAAUGGCCUCUGGGAAUACUCGCCUUUCCUCUGCGGUACAGGGCUAGCCGAAAGUCUGGAGAUUGUAUACCGUUUCGGUCUGGUGCUCUGGGACAAGGUGCCUGAGCCAAUGCUCCUAGUUCACUUACACAACAUGCUGGUACAGAAGAAAUAUCUCGAGAGGCCUAUUGGACUUUUUGCUGCUUUGGGGGAAACCUUUUCAGAGGCCUUCUUCGCCGACGGCCACCCCCCUACUUCAAAUUUCCAACAGGCCCUCACCAGCCAGAUUAACAAGACAGGCACUCAUCUCGCACAGCGCCAACGAGCCAUGCUCAAAGGGACAUCGAACAAGAUGCACAGCAUGCUAAACCCGGCCGCAAACCGAUUCUUCCGUAUCAAGUCCAAUCUUCUGUUGUACCGCGAAAAUGGAUGGGACCCGGACCGGAUCCCCAAUGAGGACCUCGGAAAGCACACCUUUGUAUACAAUCUCCGUUCCAACUACUCAGAGAUCUGGCCUACGGGCACACCCGGACCUUCUGAUGCGAAUAGAUCAGAUACCUUCAUUUUCGACGGCGACAAUAACCCCAUGCCAGCACUGCCGCGACCUGCAAGGGCUGAUCACCUGUCGCGACGGGAACUGCUCGAGUUUCUCCGGUAUGACAUCUACUCAGACGUCUGCGGUCGUUUCCCCUACUCGAGUCUCAACUACUCUUGGGUAACAGCGCGCAUUAUGACAUGUUUCAUGAUGUUUGAAGACGAGCUGAAAAAGCGCAACAACCCCUUGUACCAGGAUAUCUACGUGGUGAAUAGCGGACGCCCUGAGAAGCGCGUCUUCCUCGCAGUGGCGGCUUUAUCCGAGACAAAUGAAGAGUGUCUGCAGGUUAUGGCUAAGAUUCUGGAGGAACAGAGAAUGGGAUGGAUGCAACACAUUUACUGGGAAGACCUUGACUCGGACAUGGAGCGACCUUUUCAGCGUGCAAGUAAGUUUCGCGGUCAUCCAGUAGAGCAAGAUGCAUGUAGCAUUAUGUAA